UGCACAGUCAGACAUGACUGAAGCAACCAAGCUGCAGCAGCAGCAGAAGGCACUCAUAAGUAUAUGUUGAAAAGGAAAAUUAAAGAACACCCACUUCACGGGUGUCCAUUAGGACUGUGUUUGCCCAAUUAAAAAUUGGAGUUCUUGUCUCAUAAAACAGGCCGAUGCUACUGGUGAUUCUGUGACUGAGUGAUUUCAGUGCCUCUACAGUUUUUUGAGCCUUUAUCUAAGGGUUGCAAGAUGGUUACAGUAGCUCCAGGCAUCGCAUCCACAUUCAAGGCAGAAGGAAGUAGAAGAAAGUCAGAGUAAAGGAGGAGCACCACUGACAUUUUUCCUUAUCAGGUAGGUAACAUUUUCCUAGAUGUCUAACAGCAAAUUUCUGUUUUGAUCUCAUUUGCUAGAAAUGGGGUGCGUGGGCAUCCAGAAGAAAGGGGACUUUCUUUCUUCUGGAAAAUGAGCAUUUCCCUUAUCUAUGGACUCAACAGAUGGGUAAGGGAGGGAGGAAGGUGACUGGGGACACAGAUGUGGUAUCCCCCCAAAUGAGAUUUUAUUCAUCUAUAUAUGUAUGUAUGUGUGUGUAUAUAUACACAUAUAUGUAUAAUUUAGAACAAAACAGGCCCUCAGAAAACAAUGUGACCAAAAAGUAUGGACACCUAUUUCCACAAUAAUUAUUAAUUUUGUCAUUUAAAGCUUCUGUGAUCCUGUGGGCAUCAGAUUUGGAUUCUGGAGCCCACAGGCACUGAGACACCCGUAGCUCAAUGAUCUCCCUCCUCCUUCCUCCCUCCUUGCUCUAUUCAAAGUACUGAAGCCCUUUAAAAAAAAAAAAAAAACUACAUUUUUCAACGUGAGCCACUUCCUGCUCUCAUUAACUCCAUCCUCAGUGACUUAGCCAGACCCCGAUCCUGGCCCAAAGAAGGGAGCCGGACUGUCCAAGUCUAAGGUCCCUCAGGUCCAUAAGCAGAGCAGUUCGGCAUCAAGGUUUCUCCUGAGGAGCUGAGAUGAAAACAAAAGAAGAGCCAACCUUGAGUCUGGGGCAGACCCUGGAGUGGCUGAGAAAGGAGCUGACUGAGAUGCAGGACCAAGACCAGAGACUCCUGCUUACACUGAGGCACCUGCACAGCGUCCUGGAGGAGCUCCGUGCAGAGAGUGUCCACUGGGAGGAUGCCAGGUCAAGUGGCGGGACCUCCCCCAUCAGAGCUCGAGCAGGCUCUGAAGGCAGGGGCCGCCAACCGUUUCCCUCCAGGCACCUGGCCCAUCUCCUUCAAGGGGUAGACAGCAGACGAAGUUCCCUCCCUUAACAGGCCAGAGAUGACCUUGACUUUAACCCUCCCCCAACCAGUCUAAACUUUGACUGUGAUGCUGUUGAAAGAGAGCACUGGAAUGGGAGUCAGGAAGUCCAGGCUCUGGAUUUACCCCUGCCCUCAUUCACUCUAUGUCCCUGGAACUGUCACUCAGCUUCUCUGUGUCACUCUCCUCUCCUGUCACUUAGCAGUAUUUCACAAGUAAGCUAAGAGAUGUGAAUACAUUUGGGAAACAGAAACAUGUUAUAUGGCUUCCGGCCAGCACCAUGGUUGUAAUCCCAUUCUUGGGAAUUUCUCACAAGGUGAUUAUUAAAACAAAGAAAGAGCUCAGUGUACCAGGGUGUUUAUCCAGUGUUGCCAUGGUGAAAAACAGAACCCCAUGUAGUGACUUGAUGGUUGUUUUCAGGCCUUUUAUUUCCCUUUAUCUGAAAGCAACAGGCCCUUCAACCACCCUGGCCAUAGGGAUCAGCAUGUGACCAGGCUUGGCCAAUUACAGUUCCUCAUCAUCCUAACAACGUGAUUGGCCCAGUGGGUGGCCCAUGUGACUUCACAGAGCCAAUCACAAACCUUCUCUGGCAUUACGCUCUUGAUACUUGUUCUUCUGAAGUCGCAAAGCCGGGGCUGCCAGUGGCCAGGAUUACUGUGAGGUGACAGAGACCUGCCUGGAGUAGGAAAGAAAGAAGCUGAUUAAAGAGAAGCAGAGAGAGGGUCAUUCAAGAGACGGGCAGGCCAGAAGGGUGCUGGCUCUCUUUAGUCCCUGGUUUCAGACUCUAGUUCUGUGAGUUACUCCUGUUGUCUAUCCAGAGCAAAAAACCAGAAAAUUCCACCACUAUCACCUAUGAACUCAGGCACCAGUUUGUUUUUGCUUAAGCUGAUUUGAGUAGGGUUUCCCUCAUUUGCAACCAAAACGGUCCAGAUGGUCAAAGAAACAAAGAAGAGAAAUCAAGAAAAAAAAUUGUUUUUCCCUCAUUCAGGGUUAGCAACGCCAACCCUGUUUGGCAGGCAACAAGAUGUAUGAUGUGGCAGAACCCUCAAUUGUAUGGGAUGGAGUCAUAACUUUGAAAAAUUAUAUUUGCCUAUAAGAAAGGCUUUUAAAUGGAACAGGUGAAAAUAAUGUCCUGGUGUUAAGAUGGUCCAAUUAUCAUCAUGCUUUUUUUGUUUUUGAAAAUCUUCUGGCAUGUUGUUAGGAUAUUGUUUUUAAUGGCUUUGAAAAAGUAAACCCAUUGCAUAAGGAGGCAAAGGGUGGGGGGAGGGUUGUAUUAUAUGUACAGUGUCUAUAGUCAGACUAACCUGGGGCUGUUUCUAUACAGUAUUUGAUAGUACGAAAAAUUGUACUCUAUCAAUGGCUGAAUGCAUAAAUGAAAUGCAGCACAUACAUACAAUGGAACAUUAGUCAGCCUUAAAAAGGAAGGAAAUUUUAGCACUGCUAUAACAUAGGUGAAACUUGAAGACAUAAUGCUAAGUGAAAUAAGCCAAUCACAAAAGGACAAAUACAGUAUGAUUCCACUCACAUGAGGUACCUAGAGUAGUCAAAUUCAUGGAGACAGAAGGUAGUUCUGGUUGUCAGGAGUUGGGGAGCAGGGAGUCAUUUAAGGAUUGCCGUGCUUCAGUGUUACCAAAUGACAGAGGUUCUGUGGAUGGAUGACGGUGAUGGUGGUAUAACAGCGUGAACAUACUUGAUGCCACUGUACACCUUAAAAUGGUUAAAAUGAUAUUUAUCUUAUGUUAUAUUUCACCACAGUUAAAAAUAAAUACUUUAAAUUUAAAAAUUACCUGCUCUGUGAUGCUGGGGCUGGAGCUGGUUAGAUUUUGCCAAUAAGCAGGGUGAGCUAGAGGGACACUGCAGGGCUGGAGGAAGGAGAAAAGACUUGCUUCUUCAUCUUUCUUCUCUUUAGCUUCUCCGGUGGCCUUACUGCUCCCAUGAGCAUCAUCCAGCAAUGCUUCUUCACCUCACAGCAGCAAUCCUCCUGUGGCACCAGUCAGCAACCCCUUCUCAGGGCUCUAGGUUCAGCUCAAUGGGGGCACUUCCCCCAACUGCAGAGCCAAGAGCUCCAGCCAGAAUCUCCUCCCCUGAAGUCUGAGUUCCUGCCCUCCUGGCCCCACCCUGCUUUCCAAGACUCAAGCCCCAGCUGAGCACACCUCCUUUCUCAGAUACCUGAAGUGGAGUACUGCAUGUCUCCUGCUUUAUGUUUUUCAGUUUUGAUCAUCUCAGCCUUUUCUCUUUGUUCCCUCAGGCCUGGGUAUGGUAGAUGCUUCUUGCAAGUGCUACUUUCAUUCUAUCUUAGAGAUCUUUUUAUAACCUUUUGGCCAUUCAGUUAACAACUUUAUACUUGGUUAGUAAUUCUCUAUAUUAAAUUCUCUCUGUUAAAAUAACUAGGGUGGUUUCUGUCUCCAGCCUGUCUCUGACUGACACAGUUUUCAACUUUGGGCUAUCAUUACCGAUGCUGUUGUGAUCACAUCUGUUCAUGUACAUAAGCACAGUGCCCCUAGAAUAUACAGGUUUCCCCCACUAUCCAAAAGUAGAGUGUUCCCAUGAAACAUCUCACAAGCUGAAACUGUGUAAAGUGAAGAAACAGUUACCUUAGGACAGAUCUUGCUAACAGAGGCACAAAAUGAGAUAAAAUGAGAUAAACUGAGAUAAAGCACAGACACAGGUCAAAGCCAGACCAAAGCUAUGGUGGCCUGGUGCAGAGAGAUGCUGAGUGCAGUUCCUGGGGAAAUUCUCAGGGAAGGAGCUUAGUGGCCCCAGUCCCCCCUGCCCCCUGC